UUCAAUACAUUGAUGUCCAUCCUCAGUGCCACGACAUUCGUUCUCUAACUUUAAAUCAUAUAUUAUUUUGGUUUCGACGUAAGGAGAUGGCAGCUAAAAUAUAGAAAAUUCGUCAAUAAACGAAAACUAAUCCGGAUUAAGAGAUGGGGAGACAGUAUGGUCAGUGAGGUUUAUUAAAUGGGUCGAAACAAGAAAAGCGGGGUGGCGAGACCGGGAAAGAAGACGGAUGCAGCUUUCUCUAAGACAAAGAAAAAAGUUGGGAAGAAGAUUUUAAAGUCAAACGAUACUGUGAUAAGCAUUAAAACAAGAAAAAUUGUUCUACCAGAACAACAUGCUACCAAAGACAGCAACAUGGUAUUUAAAGGAAAAAGCAUAUCAGAGUACAUAACUGGUACCAAACAUACAAACAGCAAUCAGAGAAUUCAGAACUUGGUCAACACCCAAGAAAUGCUGUCCACCAAUCUACAUUUAAUAGAACCCAAUGCUGGUGCUUUAAUUGAGAGACUUGGUGCGGUUCUACAGGAUCCAGAGGAAAAUGUCCGAUCAUCUGCUCUUGUCCUGGUUAAAACUAUUCUUAAUCAUAUAAAAAGUGAAGAUUUGCUGCCGUUCUUGCAAGUUUUUAUUGCUCAGCUGUCCAGUGGGCUGCUUCAUAUCGAUAAAGGUGUUCAGAAAACAACAGUUUUAGUGCUUCUGUGUCUGUUUCAAAAUCAUAUAUCCAAUGCCAUGACAUUCUCUGAACCCUUACUCUCGUCACUUGUCACCCUCCUGUCUGCCAACAGAAACAAACAAAACACACUCCUUUAUUUUCAAGCCAUUGCUCUCAUCUUAAAAUUCUAUGUUCACUCCGAGGAUAGCCGAUCUUAUGAAACCCAGAAGUCCGGUUCGGUGAACCUGUACAAGUACACGUCCCGCCAGGAAGCGGUCACGUCUCGACCGUCCCAAUCCAACCUCUUGGUCAGGGUGUGUGAGUGUGCCCUGCCUCAUGUGGAGACUAUCUGGCUAGAGGAUACCCCCUCUCAGGUUUACGCGCAGGCGGAACCUAAUGUCCUUAAAACAGUCAGCUCCCUGGUAGAUUUCCUGAUACUGGUCCACAAGUCAGAUCUGAAGCACAGUAAGCUGGCCCUGGUAAAGUUGAACAACAUCAGUAAAUCAGUGGCGGGGAGGUUCCCUCUUACCUGCAGUGUACCUAAUCGAGACACCAACGUGCUGUGGUCACUAAAUCUGAAAAUGGCACAGUUUCUACUGGCGGUGGAAAAGUUCCCGAAAGUCGAACGGUACUUCGUGUACUACUUCAAAUCAAGAAUUCAGGAGUUGUCAGAGAGCGACGUGUCAGACGGACUAGCCCUGUUAGCUCGGAUACCAUCUCCUGCUCCUGAUACUAUCUCAGAACUGCUGGCUCACGCCGUCUCCACUGCCACACACGCCCCGUUAUUCCUCUCUCAGUUUGUCAGAACUCCCUGGUUACAUUCUGUAAAUCUAAAGAGCAACAGUCAGUUCCUGACCAGUCUGCAGGAACAUAUAAACCACGUGGCCCCCGACAUUGUAAACAGCUUCUACAAGAGCCAGCCAAGUGGAAACACCCUGAGAAGUGGUGUACUUACUCCCGGGGUUCCUACACAGAUAUUAGCUCUUUGUUUGGAUAAGACAGUGUACGGGUUACUACCGGAGUCAGAGCAGGUUAGAUGUUUGGAACUGUAUUUCGGAGGUGGUGUGGUGUUGUCCCCUCGCAGUGUGUCAGAUCUAGGUCACGUUUCCAGAACCAGUUCUGUUAAAGCAAAGUUCUACUCAGUUCUUUUAGCCUUGCUUCAUGAAGAGAAGAUGACAAUUGAGGAUUACAUCUCCAUCCUCCUAUCCCAGGCCAAUAAAGACGACGAAGAAGGGGAGGAAGAAACAGGCGUUGACAUGAGAACAGUUCGCAGCUUUACCAGCCAACUUCUCACUAACUUCACCCCUCUACCCCACGCAGUGAGACUCAAUCUCUUCCAGAUAUCACUCCCUCAAAUAGUUGAGAGACUCUACGCUGGGCUAUCUGACUUCUCCUUGACGUCCUAUCUCAUCAUACUCACCCAGUUCACCUCUUAUUCUGAGGACUCAGAACUGGAACUACAGGUACCUGAAACUCUGGUCGUCAGGCUAGGGAAGAUUAUCUGCAGUUUGAUCUUCAACAGGGAUUCGGUGAGCGAUUGGGGUGGAGAUAUCGUGAAACUGGCUGUGAAGUUGUCGGUUAAUCAGCAUGUUAUAUUUAGGUAUAUUACCCAGCAGAUGAACUUGGAAAACAAGCCGACUGCUAUAUUGUCGUGGUACCUGAAAGUAGCACUGAAGUUGCUGCAGAGUGGUCAGGUUUAUAAGCUCGGCCUGGUUCAUAAGUCGGGGGUUGAUAAGUUUAUGGGGCAUUUGAAGGGGAGAGUAUCUAAGAGGGAGUAUCAGGAACUUGUUUACAGGAUGGAAGAUACUUUCAGUGUUAUGUGCUGAUACGUAUCAUGAUACGUAUCAUGUUCGUGUAAUGAUAGGUUAUCAUGUUCGUAUACUUUUAACUAUGUACUUUUUGUUUCAAUCUUGACUUUUUUUUUCAGUCUUGACUUA